AUGGCGUCGGAAAGAAGCUCGUUCGAGCUGAUGGAAAGAGGAAAGGAUGACCUAACCCCACCCCCAACCGGAGAUGCAUCGACCAUCGGCGAGUCUCCCAUGAGUCUUAUCAAUGAAGUUGAUGUAGAGACUCUCACCAAAAUCGCCACUCAACGGUCGCGUCGCCACUCAACCCCCGGAACCACAGAUACUCUAGCAAUCCUCGCUCAAGCUGAUCCAUCUCUCGAUCCCCAAUCGGGAAAGUUCGACCUGCAAAAAUGGCUUAAAGCGGCGAUCAACGAUAUCAGCCGUGAUGGCCGCCCGGGGCAUUCAUCGGACGUGGUUUUCAAGGAUCUCAAUGUAUAUGGAUCGGGCGCUGCUCUGCAAUUCCAAGAUACAGUCACAUCAACCCUGACUGCCCCCUUCCGGCUGCCUCAAAUCAUUCGUGAAUCCAAAGCUCCCUCAAGAAGAAUCUUGAAGGACUUCACUGGUCUUUUGAAGAGUGGCGAGCUGUUGCUUGUGCUUGGUCGGCCAGGUGCCGGCUGUAGUACACUGCUGAAGUCCAUGACCGGAGAGCUUCACGGGUUGCAAAAGGGCGAAGAGAGUGUCAUCCACUAUAACGGUAUUCCUCAAUCUCGCAUGAUGAAGGAAUUCAAGGGUGAACUAGUGUACAACCAAGAGGUUGAUAGACACUUUCCCCAUUUGACCGUUGGCCAGACUCUGGAGUUUGCAGCUGCAACCAGAACCCCCGCCCAUCGCUUCCAGGGCAUGUCGCGCGCGGAGUAUGCCAAGUACAUGGCCCAGAUCAUGAUGGCUGUCUUUGGAUUGAGCCACACGUAUAACACACGGGUUGGUGAUGAUUUUGUCCGUGGUGUUUCGGGUGGUGAGCGAAAGCGUGUCAGUAUUGCAGAGAUGGCAUUGGCUCGUGCUCCAAUCGCUGCCUGGGACAAUGCUACCCGAGGACUGGACUCCGCUACGGCGUUCAAAUUUGUCCAAUCGUUGCGACUGUCCUCUGAUAUCACUGGCUCCUGCCAUGCGGUCGCUAUUUACCAGGCUAGUCAAAGCAUCUAUGAUAUUUUUGACAAGGUGAUCGUUCUCUACGAAGGUCACCAGAUCUUCUACGGACCUGCUUCCAGAGCCAAGGCCUACUUUGAGAAUCAAGGUUGGGACUGUCCAGCCCGACAGACCACUGGAGAUUUCCUCACUUCGAUCACCAACGUCCAGGAGCGGCAAGCCAAACCCGGCAUGGAAAACCGCGUUCCUCGCACACCUGAGGAAUUCGAGGCUGCAUGGUUGAACUCGCCUGAAUUCAAACAGUUGCAGAAUGAAAUUGCUGCCUAUGAAAGGCAAAACCCACUGAGCGAUGAUACACAGGCUCUCGCUGCAUUCCAGGAACGAAAGCGUGAGGCCCAGGCCAAACACACCCGACCCAAGUCUCCAUAUAUCAUCAGUGUUCCCAUGCAAAUCAAACUCAAUACUGUCCGCGCCUAUCAACGGUUGUGGAACGAUGCCGCUUCAACCAUCUCUGUGGUUGUCACCAAUAUUAUCAUGGCUCUCAUUAUUGGAUCUGUGUUUUACGGGACCGCUGAUGCAACUUCUGGGUUCCAGUCAAAAGGCGCAACUCUGUUCUUCGCUGUUCUUCUCAAUGCCCUCACAGCAAUGGCUGAAAUCAACAAUCUCUACUCACAACGCCCAAUUGUCGAAAAACAUGCAUCUUUUGCCUUUUAUCAUCCCGCCACAGAAGCCGUUGCUGGUGUGCUCAGUGAUGUACCAGUGAAGUUUGCGUUAUCUGUUGUGUUCAAUAUCAUCCUGUAUUUCCUGGCUGGUCUGAAACGAGAGGCUUCAAACUUCUUCAUUUACUUCCUUAUCACAUUCGUCAUCACGUUCGUUAUGAGUGCAAUCUUCCGCACGUUGGCCGCUGUCACCAAAACCAUCUCGCAAGCAAUGGGUUUGGCGGGUGUCAUGAUCUUGGCCCUUAUUGUCUAUACUGGUUUCGUCCUACCUGUCCCGUCCAUGCAUCCAUGGUUCGAGUGGAUUCAUUAUCUCAACCCGAUCUACUACGCCUUUGAGAUUCUGAUUGCUAAUGAGUUCCAUGCUCGCGAGUUCCCUUGUUCGUCCUUUAUUCCUGCCUAUGCCGACUUGUCGGGCAGUGCAUUCAGUUGUUCUGCGGCAGGUUCGGUUGCAGGCUCUACAACAGUCAACGGUGACCGGUAUAUGGCAGCAAACUACACCUACAGCUACAGCCACGUCUGGCGUAACUUCGGCAUCCUGAUGGGCUUCUUGAUCGCGUUCAUGGCCAUCUACUUCAUCGCAUGCGAGUUGAACUCAUCUACCACAAGCACCGCCGAGGCCCUGGUCUUCCGUCGUGGCUGCGAGCCUGCUAGUUUCCGCCAGGGCUCAGCUGAUGUUGAAAGCACCGAGCGCGCCAAAGCCCAGCCCGCAGCUGGCAGCGAUGACAAGGGAAUGGGCGCUAUGCAGGCUCAGACCGAUACCUUCACCUGGCGUAAUGUGUGUUACGAUAUUGAGAUCAAGGGUGAGCCUCGUCGUCUCUUGGAUAAUGUUUCUGGAUGGGUCAAGCCUGGAACUCUGACUGCACUUAUGGGUGUCAGUGGUGCUGGUAAGACGACCUUGCUUGAUGUGUUGGCCCACCGUACGUCGAUGGGUGUUAUCACUGGUGAUAUGUUUGUCAACGGUCGUGGACUGGACCAGAGUUUCCAGCGGAAGACAGGUUAUGUUCAGCAGCAGGAUCUCCACCUGGAUACCUCUACUGUGCGUGAGGCCCUGCGAUUCAGUGCUAUGUUGCGUCAGCCAGCCUCCGUCUCGGUCCAGGAGAAGCACGAUUAUGUUGAAGAUGUUAUCAAAAUGUUGAAGAUGGAGGAGUUUGCCGAGGCCAUUGUCGGUGUCCCUGGCGAGGGUCUGAACGUCGAGCAACGCAAGCUGUUGACAAUCGGUGUUGAAUUGGCUGCCAAACCCAAGCUCUUGCUCUUCCUGGAUGAGCCUACCAGGCAAGUACUCCGCCAAAGUGGCCUCGACUCCCAGAGUUCCUGGGCUAUUUGUUCAUUCCUUCGCAAGCUUGCCGAGCACGGCCAAGCUGUUCUUUGCACAAUUCAUCAACCCAGCGCCAUGCUCUUCCAACAAUUCGAUCAGCUACUCUUCCUCGCACGUGGCGGUAAGACGGUGUACUUUGGUCCGGUCGGAGAGAACUCUAGCACAAUGCUCGAGUAUUUCGAAUCCAAUGGCGCGCCCAAGUGUGCGGAUAGCGAGAAUCCUGCCGAAUACAUGCUAGGUAUUGUCAACGCUGGCAAGAACAACAAAGGAGAGGACUGGUUUGAUGUCUGGAAGCAAAGCAACAACAGCAAAGAGGUCCAGGUCGAGCUCGACCGAAUCCACAAGGAAAAGGAAAGCCAAGCACCCGCCACUGACGAUUCCACCCAAAGUCUCUCCGAGUUUGCCAUGCCUUUCUGGUUCCAGCUCCUCCAGGUCACAUACCGUGUGUUCCAGCAAUACUGGCGUAUGCCCUCCUACGUUCUGGCGAAAUGGGGACUUGGAAUUGCCUCCGGUCUCUUCAUCGGUUUCUCUUUCUACGACGCCAAAACGUCUCUUCAGGGCAUGCAGACCAUCGUCUACUCUCUUUUCAUGAUCUGUACCAUCUUCUCAUCCUUGGCACAACAGAUUAUGCCCGUAUUCGUGAGCCAACGUUCUCUCUACGAAGGACGUGAACGUCCCAGCAAAUCUUACUCCUGGAAAGCUUUCCUCAUGGCAAACAUCAUCGUGGAAAUCCCUUACAUGAUCGUUAUGGGUGUGGUGACCUAUGGCAGCUACUUCUACGCCGUCGUUGGAAUCCCCGAUUCAACAACCCAAGGAACAGUGCUCGUCUUCUGCAUUGUCUUCUUCAUCUAUGCCAGCACCUUCACCCACAUGGUCAUUGCCGGUCUCCCAGACGAACAAACCGCCAGUGCAGUAGUUGUUCUUCUCUUCGCAAUGUCUCUCACUUUCUGUGGUGUAAUGCAACCUCCCGACGAGCUCCCCGGCUUCUGGAUCUUCAUGUACCGCGUCUCGCCCUUCACAUACUGGGUUGGCGGCAUGGCCAGCGCACAACUCCACAACCGCCCGGUGAUAUGCUCUACCGCCGAACUUGCUAUCUUCGACCCGCCCUCUGGUCAAACCUGCUUCCAGUACCUGGAGAAAUACGUCACCGCCGCAGGUGGUCAGCUGCUCAAUGGUGAUGCUACAAGUGGCUGCGAAUAUUGCUCUCUCCAAGUUGCUGAUCAGUUCCUGGGCUCUGUCAAUAUCUUCUACUCUGAAAGAUGGCGCAACUUUGGUAUCAUGUGGGCUUUCAUUGUUUUCAACGUCUUCAUGGCGACCGUUAUGUACUACCUUGUUCGCGUGAAGCGGUGGAGCAGUGCGGAUAUGAAGGCCUCAUUCCAGAAACUCAUCCCUGGCAAGAAAUAG